AUGAACCGUUUCCGUUUUGGCGACUCGGACGAGUCUGCCUCCGACUUCGACGAGGACCCCUCCGGCCUGCCUUUCCCCGAGCCGUUAUCUCGAACCUCCUUUCUGGCCCCUGACUUUGACCCGGCUGUCUUUCUCUCCUCCUUGACGAAUCGGCAUCAAAGCCUAGAAGACUUGCGACAAGAGCUGCGGAGCCUGGAGCAAUUGUUGAACAGAGAGCUGCUGGACCUGGUCAACGAGAACUACCAGGACUUCUUGUCACUCGGCACCGCGCUGCGCGGAGGGGAGGAGAAGAUUGAAGGCGUGAAGGUGGGCCUGUUGUCCUUCCAGCGAGAUGUUCAAUCAAUUCGGGAUAAAGUGGAAGCCCGCCGCCAGGAGGUAGAGGGACUGUUGAAUGAAAAAAGGCGACUGCGGACGCAAGCCGACACAGGCAAAGAUCUUCUGGAUUAUGCGGACAGGGUGGAAGAGUUGGAGCACCGAUUGAUCAUCGCGGACAAAUCCACCUCACUGAAGGAUGUUCCGGCUGAUGACGAGUCCGAUUCGGAGUCCGAUCUGUAUGGCAGUGGCAGUGACGACAGCGACGAAGAGGAAUUGCAGGAUGGAGCCGCACCGGUAUCAUUGAAACGGCUUGAGCGUCAUGUGCAGAAGUACGUAUUCUUGUCCGCGAUUGCCGAACGAGUGGGCGAGAAUCAUCCAUUCCUUAUUGCACAGCAACCGCGUGUGGCAAAGGUCAGGUCGACCGUUCUUCUGGACUUGAAGACUGCGUUGGAACAGGCUAGCCAUGCGGGUGACAAGCGUGAUGCACGGACAAUGGCAGUCCUGCAUCUUUACGACAUGAUGGGCGAGGACAUGAGCGCUGUCGCCACGCUCAAGAACCUCAAAAUCUAG